AUGUUCAGUGGCAAUUUAUCAUUACUUCAAGGUUCAACUAAUCUUUGGUUACUCUGCGAUGGAUCAGAAGUGUCUCGUAGCACCUAUCAAGACUUAUUCAAGGUGAUUGGUGUUAUGUAUGGAUCAGGCAACGGCAUUGAUACCUUCAAUUUGCCUGAUUUUCGCUAUCGGUUUCCAUUGGGCAGUAAUAACAGCAAUGACAGUCAAUUGAUCUCUGGUGGUGAUUCGUCACGUAUGCUAACUGUGUCACAGGUGCCUCCACAUACUCAUACUCAAGGUACACUGCAAACACUUGUUAACGGUACUCAUACACACACAUAUAGUGAUCCAGGACACAAUCACGGAGGAUCAACAGGCAGUGCACGCUUUUCCAAUGGCAGUUCUUUAAUGACUUCUAAUUCGAAUGGUACGGCUAGUGAAUUUGGCAGUCAUCAACACACUAUUGCUACGGACUUCACAAAUAUUACCAUACGUUCAAGUGGAGCCCACAUGCAUUCAAUAACAGGUGCGACGAGUGUAACAGGUGGUGGACAGCCGUUUGAUAUUAUGCCGCCGUACCAAACAAUUCAUUUCAUAAUUCGAGUGUAA